CUUUCCCCCACCAUCUCCAGCUGUUGUUAGAGAGGUUUUUCUCUCCAAGCAGAGGCUUUAAAAACAGGGGAAGGAGGAGCAAAUUUACAGAGAAUCCAUGGGGAAGUUCUCAAGGCUUCCGCUUUUCCUUCUUCCUGUUUUGCUUUUCUCUAUGUUGCAGAGACCCAUAUUCGCUAUCAAAAAGUCUUAUGUGGUAUACAUGGGAUCACAUUCACAUGGUCCGGAAGCUUCACAAGAUGAUUUUGAUCUAGCUUCAAAUACUCAUUACGAGUUUCUAUCAGAUUUCGUUGGAGGUGCCGAGCAGGCCAAAGAAUCCAUUUUUUACAGCUACACAAGACAUAUCAAUGGUUUUGCAGCGACCUUUGAAGAAGAUAAAGCAGCUGAGAUCGCAAAGCAUCCUAAGGUCAUAUCAGUCUUCCCGAACAGAGAAAUGCAAUUACAUACAACCCGGUCGUGGGAAUUUCUUGGACUGGAGAAAAAUGAUGCAGUUCAACCUGGGUCGAUCUGGGAGAAGGCCAGAUUUGGGGAAGAUGUUAUUAUUGGAAACCUUGACUCUGGGGUCUUGCCUGAAUUAAAGAGUUUUAGCGGAUAUGGGUAUGGACCCAUUCCAUCAAGGUGGAAAGGAGGUUGUACGGACAUCAAACCUGAUGGAGUUCGUUGCAAUAGGAAGCUGAUUGGUGCUAAGGCCCUCAAUAAAGGGUAUCUAGCGGCCGUUGGCGAAACCUUCUACACUACACGCGACGAGAAGGGUCAUGGUACCCACACAUUAUCGACGGCUGCCGGAAACUUCAUCCAAAACGCUAAUGUCUUUGGAUUCGGCAACGGCACGGCCAAGGGAGGAUCGCCAAGGGCGCGCGUAGCCGCCUACAGGGUUUGCGGCAAGCCUGUUGAUCAAGGCGGGUGCUUCGACGCCGACAUCCUCGCUGGUUUUGAUGCAGCCAUCCACGACGGCGUGGACGUUCUCUCUGUAUCAUUGGGAAGCCCUCCUAUCGACUUCUUCGAUGACAGCAUAGCCAUCGGUUCUUUCCAUGCCGUCAAAAACGGUAUCUUUGUGGUUAGCUCUGCUGGAAACAGUGGUCCGAAGGACAGCACCGUUACCAACUUGGCCCCUUGGCUGUUCACGGUGGCCGCCAGCACCAUAGACCGCAGGUUCGCGGCCGACGUGAAGCUUGGAAACAAUCAGCAGUUCAAAGGGCAGAGCCUCCCCACAGUUUCCAUGCAGUUGGCCGGCGAGAUGUAUCCUCUGGUGAGCGGUAUCACCGCGAGAGUGAACGUCGCUACGGCUAAUGACGGCAUGCAUUGCACUGCUGGGUCGCUGGACCCGAAGCUGGUAAAGGGAAAAAUAGUGGUGUGCGCGACGGGUGAGACUAAGGGUACGGAAAAGGGAGCGGAGGCACUCAAGGCUGGGGCUGUGGGGAUGAUAUUGGUUAAUGGGAAUGAUGUGAUCCCCGAACCUCAGAUCCUCCCUGCAUCUCAUUUGUUAAUCCAAGACGGUAAAGCGGUGUACAGUUACAUAAAGACGACAAGCACACCCACGGCUUCCAUUUCACCAACCAAGACGGAGCUGGGGACGAAUCCAGCACCUUUGAUGGCCUCAUUCUCUUCCAAGGGACCCAAUUCCAUCUAUCCCGAGAUUCUCAAGCCCGACAUCACAGCACCAGGGGUGAACAUCAUAGCUGGCUACAUCCCAGGAGUGGGGCCUUACGUUAAAAGCCGGGGUCCCUUCAACAUUGACUCAGGGACAUCCAUGUCCUGCCCUCACGUCGCUGGCAUUGGUGGCCUCCUCAAGGCACUCUACCCUCAUUGGAGCCCCGCCGCCAUCAGAUCUGCCAUCAUGACCACCGCAAGUACAAGGGAUAAUGUGAGGCAACCCAUGAUGAAUUCGACAAACACGAGAGUAAACCCAUUCAGCUAUGGAGCUGGACACGUUCGACCCAACAGUGCCAUGGAUCCUGGUUUGGUCUAUGACCUAACCCCUAUCGACUACAAGAACUUCCUAUGUGCCAUUGGCUAUAACCAAUCUCUAAUCAGUCUCUUCUCUGAGGAGAAGCUCCCUUACAGAUGCCCCAAGCCAGCCAUCAGUCUCUUGGAUUUCAACUACCCUUCCAUCACAGUACCUAACCUCUCUGGCACCGCCAUUGUGACUAGGAAGCUUAAGAAUGUUGGAUCGUUUCCAGUUACAUACAAGGCCCAGAUUCGACCUCCCUUGGGAAUUUCUGUUUUGGUGGAACCAGCGAUCCUGACAUUCGACUCAAUUGGACAAGAGAAGACUUUCAAAUUAACCAUCAAAACUAAACGACCUGGUUCUACUGAAGACUACGUUUUUGGGCAGCUUAAAUGGUCUGAUGGACCUCACCAGGUCAAGAGUCCGAUUGUGGUUAAGGAAGCUGCAACAUAGAGUUUCCUACUUUUUUUCUCUAUUUGCUUAGAUGAAAUGAAAUGAGAUGAGAUGAGAUGAGCGAGAGAGAUGAACUCAUUCUUGCUUAUCAACUCAGAUCCCUCUAAUCUCAUUGUCAAUUGCAGUUCAUCAUUUGAUUGAAUAGAUUCCAUCUUAUCUAGGGUCCUUUAUUUUA